AAACGACCGCACUGUUGGAGAAGAAGCUCCCAUGAAAAUAUAAAAAAUAAAACAUGUCUGCUUUCCCUUCUCCUGGCAACCCCAGGACGAGUCACCAUGGUUACACGGGUGUCACGUGACUGGCAACGUAAACACGAGCGGUGGUGAAGCAAGCUAUCCGUACAUCUAGCUAGCCGUACUCCAUCACAACAGCGUUUAUUUACACAUACUGUGAGCGCAACGUUGGGAUGUAAGGGCGAUGGCAGUGAUUAUUCGUCGUGCGUCGGAAUUUCCGAGCGUUUCUCGGAGUGGUUCAUCAUGUCGAGGAGGGGAAAAUACUUCUACAAUUGGAGAGAAAUGGAGAGUUUUCCUGUGAGCUGAAAAAAUGGGAGCAAGCGCUUCAGUGUCGCUCUGUAGUGACCCGUCCUCAGUGAGAAUCCUGAGGCCAAGUGCUAAGGUCAGUCCAGAGCCGAUUGCUCCCACCCUGGUUUCAGAGCCUGAACUGUCCGCCAGGUGUGUGUUUGGUGUUGCCUUUGAAACACUGAGAGAGCGAGGGCAGAUGGUUUGUGGAAUACCCCUUGUGCUCAGAGACAUGGUGGAGUUCCUCCAUACGAAGGGAAUGCACCACAGAGGUCUGUUCCGCCUGUGUGGGUCGGUGGUGCGGACCACGAAGCUGAGGCAGAGAUGGGACCGUGGAGAAAAGGUGGACUUGGAGCAUGAGGAAGAUGUCUCCACUGUGGCCUCGCUCCUCAAGCUCUUCCUUCGGGAAAUGCCCACCGCCAUAGUUCCCGAACCCCAGCGCGAACAGCUGGUUCUGAGCCUCACAGGAUAUGCAGAUGAGGCAGAGAUGAACCGGUCUCUGAGAGAAAACCUUUGCCAUCUCCCUGAUGGCAACCUCAUUAUUUUGUCUUACCUCAUCCACUUCCUAUCCAGAGUGGCCGCUCACAGCCAAUCAAAUCACAUGCCUGUGAAAAGUCUGGCAACCGUCUUUGGGCCUUGCAUAUUUCAUGUUCCCUCAGGUCCCCGGAUGCUGGAGGAGCAGUAUGUGUGUAACAGCCUGUUGCUUCAUCUCCUGAGGCAUCAGAAGGUUCUCUUUCCAAUCCAUGCCGAGGACACAGUGGCCUCCUCAAUCACCUCCUCCUCCCCCCCUCCUACUCUAUCUGCUCUUUCACACUUUGAGGUCCGAUCCAGCAGAUGUCACUCUGAGCAGAGUAGUGUGGAGAGUUUGGAGGGAGAGAUCUCUUCCAUCUCAGCGACCAGUGCUUUUAAUCAAACAAUACAGAUGCAGUGUCAACUCAACAGUCCUGACGCACUGAGGCAGGGUUGUGACUCCAGCCCUGACGUCAGCGCUGACAUUCAGACGCUGAUUCCAGACCAGGAGGCUCUGGAGGAGAGAAGGGACAGUACAGAGGCAGGUUGUGUGCUCUCCUGCUCCACUGACCCAGGGUCAGAGCAGCACUCACUCCAGAGCAUACCAUCCCAAAGCCUCAAGGGGGAGCCAGCGGAGUUGCAGUGUACCACACAUGGGAUAUUUUCGCAGUACAAGAUGCCACCAUUCACCUCCAAGUCAAUGGAGCCAGAGGAAGAGGAGGAGGAAGAGUUAGAGGACAGGACACCUUCCUCACCCGUUAAAGACGACUGUUCAACGGCUUCCACAGAUGCGGGACAGAAAUCCUCAAUUUCAGACUGCUGCAUAGCGAAUGAAUCGCAGAACAACAACCAAACACGGACUCGGCACGCGGAGAGCAAGCUGUGCUGCACAGAGUACACGACGGAAGCCAAAGAGAAGGGGAGAGGAGGAGACGGAGGAGGAUGUAGUGGUUCUCCUGACAGACAUCGUGAUUGCAGAGGCAGGAACAACAGCCAUGACAGCCCCUCCUUCAAGCUACAAGCCCUGGAUGCUGACUUGGGAUCCCCGCCCUCACCGGUAGACCCCCAAGUUCAGGAUAACCUACCUGCCCAGCAACAGCCUCUUUUUACGGAAGUAAAGAAUCCGAAUUUGACCCACAAGCUGCCUCUCCACUCGCCGUCGUCACCACCAGCUCGGGAUCCGGUCGACUCGCCACAGUCUGUACACAUGGCAUUCCCUCGUUCAUCAGAGUCCAGUCCUGUCCAGUCCACUGCAAUUUCUUCUGAGGGGAUUUCAGUAAACGACACCCUGCUGAGCCCACCAGGCCCUAAAACCAGCCCGCUCCUCUCUCGUUUCACGAUGAGCGACUGCCCCAUUCCUUCUCCUCGCUGCCCCAACCUCAGUCACAGCCUGCGCUACAACCUAGACCCCGACGCAGCCCCUUCUCCACCCAGCUCACAGCACAUACGCAUGGCUCGCAGCAGUGGCCAUACAGAGUCAGACGUGUCCAUCUUAGUGCUCAAGAGACACAUUCACAACCUGAAGAAGAGGAUCAGGCAUUUUGAGGAGCGUUUUGAACAGGAGAAGCACUAUAAGCCGGCACAUAACGACAAGACGGCACAUCCAGAGGUGGCUAGACUGAUGAAGGAGCUCAUCAAGAGUCGCAAGCAGCUUAAAGAGCUGAAGCUGAAACAAUCACAAGAGGGUCUGAGAGGACAGGGAGACCUAAACCAAUCAGCUGAAACAUGCAGUACCAGCAGAGACCAGAGGGAAGCAGCACUUACAGACACUGAGCUGCCGCAACUUAACAGCAACACCAAGCCACCGGCGGAGGAAACCGUCAACACGAUAAGCAACAGACUGAAGGAAAGACGACGAGAGCUGAGCCUACCGGACAGUGUGGAGGAAAUGUCCCAUUUCCAGGUGUCAAUGGAGAAGGCCAGUCUGCAGAAGUGUUUGCUCUACUUUGAGAGUCUGCACGGACGACCGAGUACCAGGCAGGAGCGGACUCUGAUGAAACCUUUCUACGAUCGGUACCGUCUCGUCAAGCAGCUGCUGCUUUCCUCUGCUGCUACAGCCGUCAUUACCACCAUUGAGGAAGAGGAGGGCUCUGAUGAAGAGCGUCCUAAACAGCAAAGCCCCAGGCUGCUGAAAUCUUCCAGGUGUGAGUCUUCAGAUGAGCUCCUGCGCCUGCCUUCUCUAGAAAUGUCUGAAACACCUCUCGUGUCCCCGCUGGAGGAGGUGAAGGAUCUGCAGCCACAGAUCAUCACAAUGGCAACACUACAUGAAGCUUCCAGACCUGAGUUACUGGAUCACCUCAGGACGGCACGAUUAGAGAAGCAGAGGCUUCACCUGGCGCUCCGAGACUUUGAGGACCACUUCUACAUGCAGACCGGCAGGGCUUGUCAGAAGGAGGACCGUGGACCGAUGGCAGAGGAGUACUGCCAGUACAAGAACCUCAAAGCAAAGCUCCGCCUCCUCAAGGUCCUGCUCAGUAAACAGGACUCAACCAAGACUAGUUGAGUUAACUCACAGUGGGACUUUAAUACUCAACAGGACUCGGAUCAUUUCCGAAGAAUCUGGUUGUUUCAUGCCAUGCUCUUGAUGUGUAUGCACUUUACAUGAAUAAUACUGGUGGAAAGUCUUAAUGAAAUGCUGCGCAACUGCAGUUUUUCUGUCCCAAAAACACAUCCGUUGUCAUUGAUGAUGCAAAGUGUAUGUUCUGAAGCACUUAUUUAUGUCAAGGAUGCGCUGUAACAUAUUAGUAAUUUACAAUUACUAAAUGUAUGUUUAUGGCACUGUUACUUGCCUUUUUUGUCCUUGCCAUAACACUAGUUUUGGACAGCUUUGUCCAUCGUUAAUGUGGGAAAAAAAAAAAAAAAAAAGGUGUAAGCUUAAAUGCAAUCAAUGAGACAAUCAUGUUGUGUUUGUGCAUGUCAGUUUCUUUGUCCUACAUUGUGCUAUGAUAUGCAUUAAGAACUUCAGCAUUUUGCCUGUAUGAAGUAAUCCCCCUUAAAUGCAGUUGUUAAUAAUGGUCAGAGCUUUUGACAUUGUGCACUUCGGUUUAUAUAGUUUUCUAUAUGUAGAGAGAGAAUAUAUAUAUGAAUGUAUCAAUAAAAAUAAAUAUUUUUUCACAUUUAUUCUGCUAAACAGUUUAUGGUUCUACUUUCCUUCUUUCCGGCCAGACUACGAUAAAAUAAGAGCGAUUGUUGCAGAAAAGGUUGCUGUGGUAGAGGUACUAACAGCUUUCAUACUCAUGCUGCAUCAUGCUCUUUUUUUAAAGGUUAACAAGUAGUUC